AUGGGUCCUUCACUCAGAGGUCAUACCUCAAUGACUUCGAUGGCUGCUCGACCUCAGACUCGUGAUACAAAUCGCCCUGCUACCCGGGAACAGCAAGUUGACAACGCCAUGGUUCCCAGUCGAACCUCGUCUCUCCACUCACGCAUCACCCAACCACUCCCCUCGACUCUAGCAAAGUCGAACAAUCGGCCAACACCAAAGACACUGACCCAUGCAUACAUGGUCUGCGGUGUAGGAAGGGAACCCUCGCAAUGGGUAAAGGCACCAGCUCCAUCGCAUGGCAAGAUCCAGCAUAUGAAGGGGGCCGUGGGGCAGUUUUGGCUUCCCGAAAUAUUGGGCAGCAGCCCCAGGCUGGAGACCGACAAUGAAAUUGCACGAGCUCUGCACAGUGCCAUGAGGGCGUGUUUUCCCCAUGAUGUCGAGAUCUGCACGGGCAGAAGCCAGCCGCACUGCGUUCACCACUCCUUCGUUCUCCAACAGGACUCCCAACAUACCCUCUACGGAAUUGCCCUGCGAGUUUGGUCACGGGCGGACGAGAAACGAGCCGAGACCAUUCGGGACCUUCGUCGCAAGACUGAGACCGAGUACAGAGAUGUCGCCGAUGAGACGUACUGGAUUCCUUACUGCCUCAGCUUUCUUUCCAGAUAUCCGCUUUAUAACCUCUUGGGCGACUACCUGCGAGGAAUGUGGAUUCACUGGAACAAAGCCACCAAUUUGUUUCAUGCUGAGGAGGUGUCGAGGAUCCUCAGCUUUCCUGCUCCACGACUGAACGACCUUGUACGGAUCGAUAUGAAAGAUUAUGCCCUCUGCUAUCAAUUUCCAUCCUCGCCCACCGGGUUCCAGAACUUCAACAUGUGGCCACUCUUCUGCUGUUUGAGCAUUCCCAACAUCGUAGGCCUCAUUGAAGCGUCUGUCUCGCCCACCCGCCGUAUCAUUCUCACCAGCCACCACCCAGCGAUGCUCACCAUCGCGGCCGAAACCAUCAGAUUCUGCGUUCGAGUAUACGAAUGGAGCGGCUUGUACGUGCCCGUUGUCCAUGCUCGCAACGCCAGUGAAAUGGUGCAAGAGCCUGGCCCAUAUAUCUUGGGUAUUACCACCGAGUGCCGAUCACUCUUCCAGCCUCCGAAGGAUGCUCUCCUGGUUGACCUGGACCGGAAUCUCGUCAUUACGGAUCACCCACCGAAUAUCUUGACCGCUGGCCAACGCACCAAGAUGAUCAACCGUCUCACACAAGCCUUGAACAGCGACGUGGAAAUUAGCGGUGUCCCCCAGCAUCUCAAGUCUGCUUAUGGAGGUGGCAAGCUCAUCCCUGCCGGACAGAUCAUUGUCCUGCGCGGCGAAGUUGAAAGUGUCCAAGAUCCAUCAUGGUGGAACCAAGAUGCCGUGAUGGCCGUCAUGGACCACGUGUGCGAGAAGCUCGGCCGCAACACCGGUGUCAAGGCCAUCUUCGGCGGAACCAUGAAGAAGCCCCUGAUGACCAAGAUCUCCAUGAGACAUAUGAAUGAGAUUGUUCGAGAACGGAACCAAUAUUCAAGAGACGCACUUGAAGCAUGGCAAGACUUCAUCAACCUGAAGGGCCGCAUGGACACAGAGCUGGCCAAGGUUGCGAAGAGGAAUAACUACCUCGAGCAGGAGGUCGAGACCUGGAAGUUGCAAUUCCAGAAAUUCCAAGCCUUCGUCGAGUCCCUCAACAAGGAACUGGCCGAACUUCGCGUCAAGAUUGAGUCCCACAAGCGUGAGAACCGCAGACUUACCGGCCUCAUCGACCAACAAAAGGACGAUGCUGCCCGUCUUGCUCUCCGCCUGUCUGGCACUGAGAGACAGCGUGACAACGCUCUUGAGGCGUUGGUGCUCCAGCAAGGUAUUGCCGAAGAUCUGGAGAAGGAGCGUGCUCGCAAUCGGAAGGAGAUUGCGGCCCUGCAACAUACCAAUCAGACCCUUCAGCGCCAGCGAGAUGAAGCCCAGCGUGUCGUUCUCCACCUCCGGUCUCUCAUCACUGGACAAACCCACCACAUGGAACACAUUGUCCGCUCUAUCGGAUCCGCUUCCGAGCUGGCGGAGUACAUUAAUGAAGGGUACGAAGAGGAGGAGGAUGAAGAGGGAGAAGGAGAGCCAGGCGAGGAAGAGCACGACGACAUCGCCGAGGAGGGUGAUGAACUCAAGAGCACCAGAGCAGGCAAACGACCUUCGAGAACCGGCUCCAUUGACGGUCAAGACGUCACGCCGCAAAUGGAGAACAAGCUCUUGGCCGCCAACAAGAGAGCGAGCAAACGCUACUCCGAGCUUAGCAUGUCUGAUGUGGCCGAUCGCCAUCUUCGUGACAAGACUGAUGCCAUUGCUGAUAUCAUCCGCAAUAUCAGUGAGCAGUGUGCCGCCGCGGUCGAAGGUCUGCAGCUCGCCAACGAAGCCGCCGAUGUUGAAGAAGACGAGCAGGCCGAGGCAGAUGAGACCAGUAUGUCGACCUCGACGGGCCAUGCUCGACAAGACAGCGAAAAUUUGUCUCCCGUGGACCAUGGUGCCGCCGACUCUCGUGCAGGCACAGGCCACUUGACUCCCCAGAGCGAGCGAAGCUCCAUCCCCCCGACUCCAGACUUGGUUCACCAACGGUCCAGCACUGCGUUGAGCAUGGCAAGCACAGCGCCGACGAACUACACCGCUCGCGAGUCGCUCAACCACAACACUCGGGGUCCGGACCGUACGAAGAUUGUUGAGGACGAAGAUGCCGAACGUGCCCACGCUAUUGUGACCAGCGGUACCGGCAGUGUCAAGGGAGACUCCGCGUCCGAGGACAAUGUCAAACAGCCUCCUCCUGCUCGAGGCCCCGUUCUCAGCCGUGUCCUCGAGGCGUGA